UCCGUCUUGGGGCCGUGGCAGCCCGGGCACAGACCAAGAUCUGUGUUGUGAAUGUGACAUCCAGCUUCAGCGGAGUAAUUAUUACCUCCGCCUCCUACGUUCAAAGGGGAAUAAAAACUUGUUUUGUGUGUAGUUUCCUCGUGGUUGCUGUGUGGAGCCUGCCGCCACACACCCACUCCUCAACAACGACGGCUUUUGCUUGCAUCUUCCAGUGCUUCUUCUGUCAGCAAGUUCAGCAGAGCUGCUGCUCGUCCGCCGCUAGCCCGGACGCCGCAGCCCCCGGCACAUCAGCCAAUCACAGCCCAGAGCCCCGCCCAUGUGACAUGGUGAAGAUGACCAAGUCGAAGACGUUUCAGGCCUACCUGCCCUCGUGUCAUCGCACCUACAGCUGUAUACACUGUCGGGCACACCUGGCUAACCACGACGAACUCAUCUCUAAGUCAUUCCAAGGAAGCCAGGGGAGAGCCUACCUCUUUAACUCUGUUGUGAACGUGGGCUGCGGGCCGGCCGAGGAGCGGGUUCUCCUAACAGGUUUACAUGCCGUCGCUGACAUCUACUGUGAAAACUGUAAAACCACUCUGGGAUGGAAAUACGAACAUGCAUUUGAGAGCAGUCAGAAGUACAAGGAGGGGAAGUUCAUCAUCGAGCUGGCUCACAUGAUUAAAGACAAUGGCUGGGAGUGACAUCACUUCCUGUCUCCGGCCCUUUAAUGACCUCUGACCUAUCAGAGCUCUGGAUCUAUCAGACUUCACAGAGCGACAACCAAUCACCAUCAACCACCCACCGUGCCGCCCCCUCCUAACACACACAAAAACACACCCACACACACACAGUCCCUGCUGGUUGUGAAACUGAACAUGAUGCUGUUGAACUGGAGAGAUGACUAGCCUAUUGGGGGUUGGACCUUCAGUGAAGACCAUGUGAUCUCACCAGCCAAUGACAGACAGCUGGACUUGAAUUGGCUCCUCCUUCAUCAACCAGGCCCCACCCACCUCACUGGCGUUGGCACUUAGUUACACGGCUGCCAUGGCGAUGUGAGAGAGAGGAUAACAUGAUAACGUUCUACUACCCUCUUCCUCCUCUGACCCGGGAGGAAGAGGAGGUGUUGCAGGAGGGAAGGGGACAGGGUGGCACAGGGGG